AUUAUUAUUUCUUUUUGACAGGCAAAGCGUGCAGUGGUUAUUACAGCUAGAGUUCAUCCUGGAGAGACAAAUUCCAGCUGGAUGAUGAAAGGACUGUUAGAUUUCUUGACAAGCAACAAUCCUGAUGCUAAGCUUCUACGUGAUACAUUUGUGUUCAAGAUAGUUCCAAUGAUCAACCCAGAUGGAGUCAUUGUUGGUAAUUACCGUUGCUCACUAACUGGACGUGACUUGAACAGGAACUAUAAAACAUCUUUAAAGGACUCCUUUCCUCCAAUAUGGCACAUCAAGAACAUGGUAAAAAAAUUGCUUGAAGAGCGUGAAAUUGUUUUGUACUGUGAUUUUCAUGGUCACAGUAGAAAGCAGAAUGUGUUUAUGUAUGGAUGUGAUAACAAGAGGAACAUUGCAAGAAGACUGAGAGAAAGAAUCUUUCCUAUGAUGAUGUCUAAGAAUGCACCGUGUAAGUUUUCAUAUAAAGGAUGUAAAUUCAAAGUCCAGAAAAGCAAGGAAGGAACAGGCAGAAUUGUCAUGUGGAACUUAGGAAUCAUGAAUAGCUUUACAAUGGAGUCAACAUUCUGUGGUUCCAAUCUUGGUAAAAGGAAUGGUUUUCAUUUCAGUCCAGUUGACUUAGAGGCUAUGGGAUAUCAUAUCUGUGAUACACUCUUGGAUUAUUGUGAUCCAGACAAUACCAAGUACAUUCAAUUGUUGAGGGAAUUGGAACAGAAGUUUAAGGAAGACAUACUAGACAGAAUGAAGAAAAAAGGCACUGCUGCAUCUAAUAUGACUACUGCAGAUAUCAAUUUGGAAGCUGAUUAUUUGUCAGAUAUUGAGUCAAGCACAGGUGGUUCAGAUAGCUCAGUAUCAGAUGGWCUUCCUAUGCAUUUAAUAUAUGCCCCUCAUUCAGUACAAUACAACCAGAAUUCCAAGAAAAAGAAACUAAAAUCAAGGAAAGAAAGGAAUAAAAGAAGAGCUAAGGCUAUGAAAAUCAAAAAUGUCCUUCUCACUGAUACCCAGAAGCCUGACAUGGUAAAUAUUAUUAUUGGUUGCCUGACAUGGUAAAUAUUAUUAUUGGUUGCCUGACAUGGUAAAUUAUUGGUUGCUUGAUUGGUUGUUCACCAGCUACAUGAUGAUAGCAUGUUCUGAUAUUACUUUUUUUUAUUUUGAGUAUUAUUUAUUCUAUUGUUUUGUUAAUUUGGCUUGAUAAUGAUGAUGAUAGGUUUAUUGAUUUGGUGUUUUGGGUUGAUAAUGAUGAUGAUAGGUUUAUUGAUUUGGUGUUUUGGGUUGAUAAUGAUGAUGAUAGGUUUAUUGAUUUGGUGUUUUGGGUUGAUAAUGAUGAUGAUAGGUUUAUUGAUUUGGUGUUUUGGGUUGAUAAUGAUGAUGAUAGGUUUAUUGAUUUGGUGUUUUGGGUUGAUAAUGAUGAUGAUAGGUUUAUUGAUUUGGUGUUUUGGGUUGAUAAUGAUGAUGAUAGGUUUAUUGAUUUGGUGUUUUGGGUUGAUAAUGAUGAU